GGGAAUGAGGAGGAAGGGAAGGGAGACUUCAAAGGGAGGCAGGUUUUACACCUGCCUGGUUCUUCGUGGACGCCUGAAUCUCGCCUUGCCAAGAGGCCCAAUUUAUUUUUAUUUUUUAAAAAGAAAUUGGUGGUGGAGGAGAGGUCUAAAUUAAUAGCUAGCCACAGACAUCUGGGAGAAAGGGGCUGGUGAUUUAAAGACAGUGUCUUUUCCUGGGAAGGCACCAAGGUGCUUAUUACAACUUUUGGAGGGUCGAAGGGCUGGCGGGAAAGGAAAUUCCGUCCUGAGUGUAUGCAGAGCCUGGCUGCAGGAUCAGGCCAAAGGGGGCCCAUCCAGUCCACCAUCUUCUUCUCACAAUGGCCAACCAGAUGUUCCAACAGGGAGCUUGCAAGCAAAACCCAAGCAGAUCAACAGCUCUCCCCUCCUGUGGCUUCCAGCACCCGGCAUUCAGAAGCUGCCUUUGUCCGAUGUGCUGGGUACGAUCAUUUAUGUACACUGCAAAAGCAUUUGACUCGUUCCACAGUAUUGGGAGCUCUUGUUAGACUGCCCACCCUGCAGUGUAGGCAAGGAACUCGAGUUGGAGUUGAGGGUGUGACAAAGAGGCAGAGUGGUGCAACGAGGUGGGAAAAUCUGGUUUCCACGCGAGCGGCUUCCUGAAUAAGCUGGUGCCUCUAACCCCAGGAUACCUGGAGGCUGGUGAUAAAAAAGGCUACCUGGGACGGGAUUCCACGUGGUACAAUUAAAUCUCAGCCUCCAGGAGUUUGGAGGAGGAGGAGAAGGAGGAGCCUGGUGCACAGGACUGUCCAGCAAAGAUCUGCACAGGGAGAGGGAGAGAAAUCUGAACAGAGAGGCUCAAAAAUGCCCAGAGCUGCCCCAAGCCACCUGGAACAGCCGGACCCCUGGGAAGGAGGGGGACGAGGUGUGCCCAGGCAAAGGACCCGCUUCCUGCAGCCUUGCAAGGCCAAGUCCUCGGCCUUCCCUGGAAACCUCGAGGAGGCCCCAGAGAAGCGCAGGGUCCGGCCCAUGCGCUCCAAAGCCCGGCGCAUGGCGGCCAACGUCCGGGAGCGCAAGAGAAUCCUCGAUUACAACCAGGCCUUCAACGCCCUGCGGCUGGCCCUCCGGCACGACCUGGGGGGCAAGCGGCUCUCCAAGAUCGCCACCCUCCGCCGCGCCAUCCACCGGAUCGCCACCCUUUCCACGUCCCUCCGGUCCGGGCCUGCGGUGGGGUGGUCCUGCGCCCAUGCUGAGUGCCAGCCGACCCGGGGCGAAGGCAGCUUUAGGGACAGCCAGCCCAAGAUCUUCCAGCCUCUCUGGGAACCUGGAUACAGUAAGGGGCCUCCAUUUCAGCCCAGUGCGACAGCAUGCAUGAAGUGCCGCCCUGAAAACGCUUCCCAUCACUUGGUCGAAAACCCCAAAGAGGGCAUUUAUGGAUCCAGCCCUGCCUGUUGUCCAGCCGGCACCCUCCUCCUGGGGGGCCGAGCCCCCUACCAGCAAAGACUUGCAGACAGCAGCAUUCAAAGUUGCUCUUCUGGGCAUUUCCCCUGGAAGUACGGCUUGUUCUGAGAUGGGGACUCUCAGCCUUCUUCGUCCUUGUGGUCCUGAUGGUGCGGGCACGAUCCUCUGCUUCCUCUGAAGUUGGAUCUGGACAGUUUUCCUAGGAUCUCACAUUGAGCCUUGCAGACUUAGAGAAGUUGCCUUCUCAGGAUUUCACAUUUCCUCUGGCUGAGUUUGUAAAGGUACACAGAUGCUUUUUUGACUGUACCUUCAUGGGGCAGAGACCGAUCUCUUAGGUGCUCCAGCUGAUUUGUAAAUAUAUACAGCGGCUUUUGGACUGCAUGCUCCUGGGGAAUCUGUAAGAUGCAAUGC